CUCAGCACGUGUUGAUCUCAGGGCUGGUGUUGCUCUCCCGUGCCAGCCCGGCCGAAGGAGCUGGGGCUGCCACACAAGCUCCGGCCUCAGCACGGGGCUCGUCCGUGCAUCCCGGAGGAAUCGCACGCGUUGAGAGGCAGAGCACUGUGUGGCAGGAUGUGUGAAGGGCCAUCCAGGAUUUCUGGACCCAUUCCUCCAGACCCAGGGCUCUUCCCAGAGUAUUACAAACGGCCCCUCUCAGCUCGAGGGAGGCUGGAGGGGAAUGCUCAGAGGCUGGUUUUGACCUCCAGCCCCCUGGACCCCGUCCCCAGCCCCUGCCUGGCUCUGGGCAGUGCCCAGCCAGCCCCUCGUGUCCGCCCCAGCGGGAAGGAGUUCCUGGAGAGGGGACAGAAGGGGACCCUCAGCCUCCUGCUGCAGCUCCAGGGCAUCUCCCUUGAUGGGGCAGUGCCAGCCAAGAGGAAAGAGGCCAAGGACUACGAGAAGGAAAAUGUGAGGAGGAUAAAGGAGAUUCAGAGGAAGUGCAAGGAGAAGGAGAGAGCCCAGGAGCACAGCCAGCCCAAGCCUGUGAAAGCUCUCUGGAAAUCCCAGAAAUAUGAAAAUGUGGAGUCAAAGGUGAAGGCCAAACUGCAGGAGACCUCUCCACCUGCCAAUCCCGAGGCUGUGAAUUUCCUGAGGGCGUAUUCCCGCUGUGGCUCUGGGAUCAAGCCAUGCAGACCCCUGUCCCCAAGGCCUGCCAGGGCAAAAGCAGGAGCAGACACAGAGGCUCCAGAGGCACAGGGUGCUGAAACCAAGCUGCAGGUGGAGGGCAGGAGCGUUGACUUCAUCAGGCACAACGCGUGCAGCGCCAAGCGGGCGCCGCUGCGCCGCUCGCAGUCCCUGCAGGCGCUGGCGCAGCUGCUGCAGCACCGGCAGCAGGAGCAGGAGCAGUACAACGCCACGCAAAAGGGACACGUCCCCCAGUACCUGCUGGAGAGGAAGGAGCUGUGGCGCAGGCAGGCGGAGGAGCGGCUGCGGAACCUGCCCGACCCCGACACCCCCCCUGGGCACACCCUGAUGCCUGAGGGACAGCGCCUCGAGACCCUCAGCAACCUCAAACAGAGCCAGGAGCAGCUGGUGAAGGACCUGGUUCUGCUGCCCAUGCGUGGGGACAGCCUCCGGAUGCAGAAGAGGCGGGUGGAGCUCGAGAGGAAGCUCUCCCAGAUAGACGAGGCAAUCAAAAUUUUCUCAAGGCCAAAAGUCUUCAUCAAGUUGGACUCCUGAGCUGGUGGGGCCAGGUGUGCUGUGCUGCUCUGCCUGAACAUCCUUUGUUACUGGGCAGGAAUGGACAUCAUGUUUUGGGAGGGAAGGAGAGGAAGCCAAGUUCCAGACCCUGGGCCCAUGCAGGUGCCCAUAACAGUGUCCAGUGCACAGCUGGCAUCUCCUGCUCACCUUUCAGUGCUGUGUCUUGUCCACAGAAAAGGGAGGAAGAUGCCCUAAUAAAGGCCCUGCUCAGUGGUCUGGGGAGCAGUUGUCUCUGCUGCUUGGCUUCUCACAGAUCAGCUCUCUGCUCUGGGUCUGUGGCAUCACUUCUACUUUCCCUUUUUUUCCUACUUCUAGAAACUGGUAGGAGGUCUCUUGUGCUGCUGCCUGUGGUAUUCCUAGUCAUUCUCUUUCUCCUGAGCUGGACCAUGGUCAUGGCUCAUCCUGAGCACCUGAGAGCUCAGGGGAACAGCUUGGGGACAAGAAGGAGGCACAGAGCUUCAGUGUUCUCUGCCCAGGGAAGGGCUGAGCUGUCAGGAGGGUCUGGUCGGAUGUCUGGAGAAGUCUUUGUUGUCUGUGGAGCUGGAGAUACUCCAAUAAACCAUCAUUUCCAUCUUG